CCCUGGGCACGUGAUAACAAAUACCGUCUCGUGCAAGAAGCAAUGCAAAAAGCCUGAGCUUGCAAGGGGGAAGGAGUUCAGUUUUCUCCCGCUUCCUGUCGUUUGAAGGAUUAAUUUCGGGUUUAAAAGACCUAUAAAUAAUCUUCGAAGCAAGCAAAAAAACGCGCUUUUAAAGAAAGAGCCUUUUAUGUCUAUUUUGGGAGGGGAGAUGUGAACCUAGAAGGAAGAUUUCCAGCCAAGGAGACUGAUCAGGUGCACCAAGGACAUUGAGGACUACAACUCCCAGAAAUCACAGCCAGCUUGUUUAAUGGUCAGGAAUUCCGGGAGAUGAAAUCCAAACACCUGGAGAACCAAUGGUUGGAACCAGGAGCUGAAGGUGCUGCACUGCUUCUGAAUAAAAUGUCAAUGGAUGUGACUUUCCUGGGGACGGGGGCUGCUUAUCCGUCUCCAACCAGAGGAGCUUCUGCUACAGUUGUUCGCUUUGAAGGAGAAUGCUGGCUCUUUGAUUGCGGUGAAGGGACACAGACCCAGUUCAUGAAAAGUCAACUGAAAGCAGGAAGAAUUACCAAAAUCUUUAUCACUCAUCUUCACGGAGACCAUUUCUUUGGUUUGCCUGGACUUCUCUGCACAAUCAGCCUCCAGAGCGAUCCUGCCGGAAACAAGCUUCCGGUUGAUAUUUAUGGGCCGCUUGGGCUGCGGAGCUUUCUUUGGAGAAUUAUGGCGCUGUCUCACUCCCAGCUCACCUUCCCUUACGUUGUGCAUGAGCUGGUGCCCACGCCGGAGCAGUGCCCCGAAGAAGAACGCAAGGAGCUGUCUUUCGUGGACAGAGAUGCAGCCUUACCUGAAGGAACGCCAGGGAGAACUGUUUACCUCGAUCCCACUGACAAUUCGUAUCCCUUGGUAGACAAUGAACAGUUUGUGAUGAAGGCGUUCAGACUAUUUCAUCGCAUCCCUUCCUUUGGGUUCCUGGUGGAAGAGAAGCCGCGGCCAGGCAGGCUCAAUGUGCAGAAGCUGAAGGAACUGGGAGUUCAGCCUGGCCCUAUGUAUGGCAAACUGAAAGAAGGUAUCACGGUUGUCCUAGAAAAUGGAACCACAAUUUCUCCUUCGGACGUUUUAGAAGAACCUCUCCCUGGAAGGAAAAUUUGCAUUUUAGGAGACUGCUGCGGUAUGGUUGGAGAAGGAGCUGCUUCCCUGUGCCACGGAGCGGAUAUCUUGGUUCACGAAGCCACGCUAGAUGAUAGCCAGAUGGAUAAAGCCAGGGAGCAUGGGCACAGCACUCCGAAAAUGGCAGCGGAGUUUGCAAAGCGGUGUCAAGUCAAGAGGCUGGUUCUGUCUCAUUUGAGUCAGAGGUAUAAGCCCACCAGUCAGGUUGGUGCCGGAGACCUGGAUGUUUUAGAACUGAAAAGGCAAGCGGAGUUGGCGCUGGAUGGGCAAGAGGUCGUGCUGGCGGAGGACUUUAUGACCAUAGCUGUUCCACUGAAAAAAACAAGAUAGCACAAUUUUACUCCAAAACAGGAGACAUUUCCUGAAACUAGAUUAUUUUUAGAAGGUACAAGGUGUAGAUUUACAACACAGUUGUAUUCCACAUUCCUUUUUUAAGGCUUGGUUGAAAAGGAUUGGUUGAGGGCACAGAGGCCUGAGUUAUGGAUCUCUCUGCUUAUUACCAAUUUCUGUAUUUAUUUGGAAUCCUUAGUAGUAUGAGAAUGACUGAAAUUUCCCCAUGAGCUUUAGAAGAACAUAUUUGUUCUGCAUAAUGUUUAAUUCCAACUCUUAUUUCAUCAAUUUGAAACCUAUUGAAUUAAGGCUGUGCUGUUUUGACAAAUUAUUUGGGACCAACAAGCCUUAGCUUUGAGUAAAUAUACAUAGGAUUUAUUGGACUAUUGGAUUAUUAUCUGUUAGGAUCAUAAUCUAUUGGGUAGCAGAGUUUCAAAGGUGUUCCUUUAGUUUAUUGGAUAAUGGAAGAUCACUAGACACAUAAAUAUCUUGUUUCUAUUCGACGCUCUCGGCAGACAAAGAUUCAAGUAGGCUUCUUUAAAAUAAUGUGUUUGUUUUACUCAUAAUUUCCUGUAUUUAAAUAUACAGACACAUUUCUUGUCAGGUUAAACUUUAAAACAUUUCGGUUUGUAUAUUUAAUUUAUAGUCUUUAACAGUCUCUUCAAAACUAUUGCUUUGUACAGCUCUCUUUCAUAACAGUCUGCUUCCAAGGGACUCAAGCCUCAACUGUCUUCUAACUCCUAACACUGGCUUCUGUACUCAAACAGACUCAAGCCUCAACUGUCAUUCCUCAGCUGUCAUCCUUUUAAACUGCAUUCUAAACAUUCACAUGGUCUGCAGCCCUUCCCACUGCCUUAAGUACAUAGAGCUAAGAAAACUGCAAACCAAAUAAGACAUACACUUCAGGAAAUAAGCUGACACAUUAUAAAACAGACGAAAUAUUAGAGGCGGCUUGAGAAGGUUGCUAUUUCCAACAGGAUUGAACUAUAGAGAUCCCUAGAGAGAUCAUAUUAAUCAAAUCUGCAAAAAUUAAAGGCAUAAAUGUCAAGGGGUUAACUAUAUGUAGUUAAUUGAGAUUUAUCAUUUUAUAGUAUUGAGAAUAUAUUGCAAGUCCUUAAAUUCAACCUCAUCAUAAUUAAAUUUGAACUAUCAACGUUCUGUAGCCCCAUAUGGAACAGUUAUGACAAAAAUGAGAACAAAUAAAGCAUUUAUAUUUAUCCCAAGCAGCUUGAAGGUGACUAAUUGUAAACAAUGAUUGCAUGUUCUUUUUAAUGAAGCCCUCUUUAACUGAUCAUAAUGUUUUGCUUAUGCAUUAGUAGGAAACUGUAGAAUAGGUACAAAUAAAGUAUUUUAUUGGUUUUGA